AUGAAGGUUUCUUUGGUGUUCCUUUCGCUAGUUUGCAUCUAUUACUCCCGGUCCGCACAGGCACAGUUGCGUCACAUCGGUGGAAAAGAUGUAUCCAUUAAUACCUACCCGUUUAUGGCAGCCAUUUCAUACGCGUACAAUCACGUCGGAAAUGGUGCUAUCAUUGAUACGAGAUGGAUAUUAACGUCCGCCAGUGCCGUCUACUUUUUAGAGGAAAGUCUCUACUAUGUGCAGGUCGGUACGAGCCAAUUCCUCGACAAUGGCUAUUGGUACGAGGUGAACCACAUCCACAAACAUCCCGAGUUCAUCGGUUGGGACUACAAUAUCGCACUGAUACAUCUGAAGGGAAAUAUCAAGUACAAUAACAUGGUGCAGCCAAUCAAUCUGCCCGUCACGGACGCAGAUGCGGUCAAAGCGCAGAUGCUUUCUUUCGGCCUAAAUGAGCAUGCUACGCACCGGCUGCGCGAGGCCGACUACAUGCUCACCGCAGAUGAUGCGUGCGUUAAUUUCCUCGGCUAUUAUUUGGCGAAGGAUAUGAUAAAAGACAAACAGGGUUACUGUGUGUUCCCGAUACCCGGCGCACAACAAGGACAGUUUUACAGCGAUGCGGGCGCUCCCUUGAUCGCGGACGGUCAACUGUUUGGGUUGUUUGCGUUUGCUGAGCACGAAGGAGGCAUAAAUCAAGGAUCCGUUGCGACACGCGUUUUCAAAUUUACGAGCUGGAUUCAGGAAAAAAUUAUCAAAAUUGGAUAA